AUGGCAUCCUCAAAGGAACAACCAACUUCUCGUCCUAUCUCGGGCAGCUUUUCCAGACACACUCCUGCCUCGUCGAGACAGCAUUCCCACUCCGUCUCCUUGGCUGCCUCCAACCCUACCCAUCGAGUCAACCGUCGCAAAAGCGUCAACGCCGCCGCCUCGUCCUCGACCGCCCAGGCAGCCAUCGUGGCCGCAUUGAGGGAACAGGGAGGCGCGUCCGUCACACCAUUACAAGCUCACAGGAGAAGCAUUGGUUCGAGAAAGAUUACGGAGUCACACUCGAUGAGUGCCAGGCCCAGCAUGCACUCGUACUUCAAUGGUCCCCCCAGUGCUGCCUCCGGUCAGGACAACGAUGCUCUCGAGGACAAUUCCAACGAUGAUGACCUACCCUCAUCGUCCAAGAGACUGAGCACCAAAGACCGAAACAGGAGGGCAAGUGAGGGCUCGUUUCUGACCAAAGGCGACGGAAAGAAAUCGGGCUCGGACCUGCGGUGCGAUACUUGCGGAAAGGGAUACAAACAUAGCAGCUGCCUGACCAAGCAUUUGUGGGAGCAUGACCCGGCGUGGGCCAUCACCUCCAAACUACUCAUUUCCAAGCAUCAGCAAGUUCAACUUCUUGAAGCGGCUUCGGUUCUGUGUAACAUGACUACGGAGAACAUGGCAAUGGGCCAAUCUGAUCUGGAGACGUCCGUAAAUGAUGCCAGUGAAGGUUCAUCUGCAUCUCCAGCGUUUUCCUCGUUCGAGUUGCAGGACGAGGUCAGCUCGGUUGAAACGACGCCACCUCCUAUGAGCGAAGCGGCGUACCCGGUCCCGGACUCCAAACGAUUUAGCAUCGGCAGCAAUGGCUUCUCCCGCUCCUAUCGAUCCAUUCCAUCCAGUUCGUAUGCCGAGAGCAUCCUGUCGCCUGGAUUGCCGCCUCAUAGAUUUUCCGGAGUCGACUUCCGCCCCAGUACAUCCGGGACCGAUGACGGCACUCUUGCAGCAGCCACAGCAGGCCUCACUUUCAACAGCGGUACCCCUCGCACGAAACCCACCUUUUUAGGUGCCGACGUCCCUCCUGUACCACCACUACCCCAACAGUACCAGUCGUUCAAUAGCAAGUCUUCGGACAGUACAUUGACCACCGUAUAUAAUCCUUUGUUGCAGAUGCAUCCUCCCACUUUGACGCAGAACCUAUCUGACGAGCGCAAUUCCCGCGGGAGCAACGAUAUCAGAGAAGUUGAGAUGGACGAUGAAGAGAUGUUCAGCAUGGAAGAAUAG